CCCUCCACACUGACUGAUGCUGAGCAGCUCCUGAUUUCACAUUUGUACCAUUCAGGUUUUACGCGCAAACAAAAUGAGAGCUUUUGUCUCUACAGUGACCGUUUUGUUGGUAAUAACAUUCCCCUGCAUGGAAGCUAUCCACGGAUUAUACAAUUUUGGCCAGCAUGAAUUCUUCCCCAAAAAGAACAACUGCAAGCCAAUCCCUGCAAACUUCCUCCUGUGCCACGAUAUCGAGUACACAGAGAUGCGUCUCCCAAACCUGCUCGGACACGAAACCAUGAACGAGGUUCUGCAGCAAGCUUCGUCCUGGAUCCCGCUGGUACGGAGGCAGUGCAACCCCGACACGAGAAAGUUCCUCUGCUCGCUUUUCGCUCCCGUGUGUCUGGAUGACUUGGACGAGCCCAUCCAGCCGUGCAGAUCUCUGUGCGAGAGCGUCAAGAACGGAUGCGAGCCCGUGAUGUCCGCGUUUGGGUUCCCGUGGCCGAGUAUGUUGGACUGCAACCGAUUCCCACUCGAUAAUGACUUGUGCAUUCCGCCUGCAGGCAUGGAGACCUUUGCACCAGCCACUAAAGAAGCGCCAAGAGUGUGCGACGCUUGCAAGGAAACAGAUGAAAACGACAACGAAAUUGUUGACAAUCUUUGCAAAAAUGACUUUGCCCUGAAGAUCAAAGUGAAGGAGAUCUUCUACAUUAACGGAGACACCAAGAUAGUGCCAGAGACCAAGAGCAAGACCAUCUACAAGCUGAACGGCGUGACGGAGCGCGACCUGAGGAAGACCGUGCUGUGGCUGAAGGACGGCCUGCAGUGUGUGUGCGAGGAGAUGAACGACAUCAAUGCCGCCUACCUGGUCAUGGGCCAGAAGAUGGACGGAGAGCUGGUCAUCACGUCUCUCAAGCGAUGGCAGAAGGGACAGCGGGAGUUCAAGAGGAUUACUCGCAGUAUCCGCAAGCUGCAGUGCUAGAAAGGACAACAAAAAAAAAGGGGAAAAAAAGAGCAUAGGCCUAUUUGUCAACUUUUUGAGAAGCACGUUUAGUUGAGAUCUUUCCAUUUAUCUUCGUCAAGUAGUCACAAAAGUUGCAAUAAUAGUUUUGUUCUUCUCUAGAUUCCCGUGAAGAUGUUUCUUUGGCCUUUGAAAAACAACAACCUUUAAGUAGGCCUAAUCAAAACACAUCUGCAGCUGACUCGUUAAUAUUUUUGCCUAAUCUGCAACAAUAAUUCUUGUGGAUAUUCAUUUUCUUUAGGGUUCUAUGUGUCAAUAAAAUACACUCAAGUAACAUUCACCAACAAGCCCAUUUAAAACAUGACUUUAUCUGGGGCACACUGAUACCUGCAUUAGAAAAGAGUUGGCAGUUAGUGCCCCCCAGUGGUCAGAUUUACGCAGUCUUCGCUGUCACCUCAUUAAUUGCAGUUAAUUGCACCCAGCUGGAGUCCCAGGUGUACAGGAAUGACUAAUUACAUCUUAUAGUGAAAACAAGCAGAGCUUUGAAUCUGGGAUUAAAAAUGAUUGACUCCGAAAAAAAAAAAUCACUGGCAGAUGUGGCCUACUGUUAAAUACUGCCAGGAGAGAGCUCAGUCUUUUUCUCCUGGUUUUUCUCUUGGCUUUGUUUCUGCCGUCAUCUGUGUCAUAACCCAAAAAUAUAAAGCCUGCAUCAUUGGGCAUUUCUUUAAAAAAAAAGAUUUAAAUCCCACAACUGCUUGGUCUACAUGAUUCAAGUGUUCAAGUAAAAAGCUUUAGUUUGGAUGGUAACGUAUGCUGUAUUUACAUCACAGAAAAUGUAUUCAUGUGUGUGUGUGUGUGUGUGUGUGUGUUGCAUAUUGAGUGAAGCUGUGAUCCCAGUGUGUAGUGUGAUGUUCAAAGACGAAAAAAUGUUUGUAUUUUUCUUUUCUACUGUUUUCUCAAGCAAAAAAUGAGAGAUAGCUGGCUAUAUUCUCUUCCUCUUCAACAUUUUAAUACUGUUGGUCAUUGUUUUGUACUUGAGCCACCGCUUUUCUACCACAAAACACAUAUUUUUCUACUCCCCAACUUACACAUUUCAUUUUAUGUUUAUUAAGUUUUGGUUUGGAUCCUUCUGUUUGUGUGACAAAAGUUUUGGUAUAAACAUUGAAUAUCUGAACUUAAUGGUUGAUAGUGUUGAUUUGAUGAGCAGUAACUUGUUAAGCACAGAUAAUUAUGGGAUGUGUAUGUGUGCAAUGUAAAGUAUUGUUUUUAAAAGUAUUACUGUGUAAAUAACAUACUGUCUUUUAUUCUUGUAUAAAAGUUUUCAGCGAUUAAAAGCAACAACAUGCUUGAAA